GAUAUAAUGUAUUUUUUCUCUUUAGAUGAUAUCGGCUUGCCGUUUAACGUAAUAUUUCUUCUAUAAAAAUUCAUUAAGAAUGUUAAAAUUCUGGUAUUUGAUUGCUUUCUGGGCAAUCAUUUCAAUGGUAAUUGCUAUACACCGUGACGCCUUACCUGAACAUGAGGAUAUAUCUCCUUUAUCCAAGUACCAUCAUCAUGCGAAAUAUCGUCGUUCUUCACACGGAAGUCAUUCUUCACGCGGUCAUCAUUAUCCUCGUGGAUUAGAAAAGCUUUUCGAGGGGAAAAAAAAGGAAGAAAAAAUUGUCUGUCACAGCGAUGAAUGCAAACUAAUCGCUCGAAUUAUAAAGGAUAAUAUGAAUCAAUCGGUUGAUCCUUGCGAAGAUUUUUAUCAAUACGCAUGUGGUAAGUUUGGGGAAAGUAAUCUGAUUCCAGCUGGCGAGAAGAGUUGGAGUUUCGUUCAGAUGAUGCUAAAUAAUCUUGAACGUCAAGUGCAAGAAAUUCUAGAAUCAAACUCAAACACGGAAGAUUUGUUGACAAUUAAAUUAGGAAAAAAUUAUUACCGAACUUGUACAGAUUACAAGAGCAGAGAACGAAAGGGUCUUGAGCCUUUAGUCACAACUAUGGCAAGAAUUGGUGGUUGGCCGAUGAUAAUGGAACCCGAAGAAUGGGAUGAAACCGAACAUACCUGGCAAAAAGUUGAUGAUUAUUACGCUAUUCUAACGGGAUACAAUUCAUUUUAUAAUAUUGAAGUUCAUAUUUCGCACUUUGGAAACGAAAGUUUGAUAAAGAUGGUAUCACCGCAAAUGCCUACAGGUUCGGAAAAAUUGCGAGUGAAUAAUGAAGAAUCGAACGAAGAAGAUAGUAAAUCAAAUGAUGAAGAUAGUAAAUAUGAGAACACAGAGGAAAGUGAAGAUUACGGAAAUAAUAAAACCAAUAAGGAUAAGAACAAAGAAAAAAAUUUGAAUGACGAAGAUAAUGAUAGUCGACAACAGAAUAGCCAAGAGCAGGACAGUAAAAAUGCAGAUUCUGAAGAAUUAAACAAUUCAAAAGAAAAUCGUAAUAUGACAGAAGAGUAUAUUAAUUUGAUUAGCGAGAUAGCGAUGGCCAUUGCCGAAACUCGAGGAUUUAAAAUUUCCGAAGAUCGUAUUAAGGCAGAUGCUAAUGACCUUGUAAUAUUUCAACAAAAGAUAAAAGAGAUCGAUGAGAACUCCAGGAGCAGUAGUGCGAUUAUAUCGAUUCGUGAAUUUCAAGAUUUAUUUGAUAAUGAGAUUAUUACUACAGAAACUUCUAAGAUUAAUUUCGUCGAUAAAAUAUUAACUUUGUUUGAUUCUGCUAAUGCUAAGAUCGAUGAAGAUGCUAAAAUUUUUAUAGAAUCGGCAGAUUUUUUUGUAGUUCUUAGUUCUUUACUCAAUGAAACAUCGAAUCGUGUUAUUAUCAAUUACAUUCAUUGGCUUUACAUUAGUCAUUUUAUGGACGCUACAACCGAAAGAAUGGAAAUAUUACAUAAAUUUAUGAAAACGGACGAUCAAUCUGAUAAGAAAAUUUUAUCAAAACAGGAUCGGAUUAAAAAAUGUGUAUCGGAAAUAAUGGAUAUGGAUAUUACAGCGUACACCUUUGUUAAGAAAUAUUUUCCUGAUGAAAUCAAAAACACGGCAGAAGAAAUGAUCACAUAUAUACAGGAAGAAGUGGAACGUGAAAUUUCUGAAUCAAAAUGGUUAGAUGAUGAUACUCGUAAAUUUGCUACAGAGAAAGUUCAAAAUAUUAAAAAACUUGUCGGAUAUCCAUCCUGGUAUUCGAAUACUACGAUAAUGAAAAAUUAUUAUAAGGGACUCGUAAUUGGUCCUUCCUAUUUCGAAAACAGAAUGAGUUUUAGCAGAUACGCCAUAUGGAAAAAUUUGCGUAUGUUAAAAAUGGAUACGAAAUAUAAUAUAGAAAGCUACAUUACGCCUUUUAUGUUGAACGCUUUAUAUGCACCAUUUAAUAACAUGAUGUUUGUAACAGCGGCAGAUUUUCAAAAUCCAUUGUUUGCAAUUUCAAGACCACCCAUAAUAAAUUAUGGAAUUAUUGGAGCUGUUAUGGCUCAUGAAGUUAAUCAUGGAUUCGACGAUAACGGACGACUUUAUAACAAAAAUGGUCAACGAAUUGAAUGGUUAGACAUAAUGGUUUCAGCUUAUAACAAAAGAGUCGAAUGCUUCGUCAAUCAAUAUGAUAAUCUGGUACAAGAUGAAGUGCUAAAAAAAAGUGAAGAUCCAUUGAGUUACGGUAAUAGAACUAGAAACGAAAAUAUAGCCGAUUCGAUGGGUCUCGAAGCAUCCUUAGGUGCAUAUCGUAUAUAUAAAAAAAAAAACAAGGACAAGUCAUCGGAAGUUUUACCAGGCUUGGAAAAUUUAAGCAUCGAACAACUUUUCUUUUUAUCUUACGCUAACACCUACUGCGAAGUAGUUAGUCCAAAACAGAUGAAGGAAUAUAAAGAGGAUGAACAUAGUACAGGACAAUUACGAGUACUUGGGCCUAUCUCAAAUUCAAAAAGUUUUGCCAAGUCUUUCAAUUGCCCGGUCGGAAGCCGAAUGAACCCAAAAAGAAAGUGCAACAUUUGGGACUAACUGGAAACGGUAGAUGAUAUUUUCUUUGACUAUCCUCUCGAUCUAUCUUAUUUGAUUUAAUCUUGCGAUGAUGAGUUUUUUGUAAAAUAAAAUAAAUAAAUAAGAUACAAAAACCA